CUGGCUUCAGCUAUGUGGCAGGGGAGGAGGGGUGUCGGUGGUGGUGGUGCGGUACAACAGCAUGAUUGUUCCCUUCUUCAGCUUCUCCUUCAGUCGCGGAGUGGAGUUGAGAGCCAGGACAGUGCGCAGAUUUCACAGCAGCAGAUUGGCUGCCAGUCAUAGGAGGAAGGACAGAGGAAGAGUUCGGAGAGUAAACAUCCCUCAGCUUGACUCAUGCUCACAAAGGUCUCUUUCUCUUUAUCAGUCUCCACCCUCGGGUGAAGAAAGAAGUAGAGGUUUGGAUGCAGGUUGUAUGUUGGCUGCUGUGCCUUGGCACGGCAGGGGCACUCGCUGUGCUGCAGAAGGACCAGGUGGCCCAGCAUGCCAUCAAGCUUUAUCGGAGCAAGGGGGCCACACACGGUCAUGGCUGGGUGGCCAGCAACUGCAAGCGGCUGGUGGGUCUCCUGCGUCAGAAGAAUGUGGUUGUCAAGAAGCUGGCAGCCGCUGCUGAUGCUGUUGGACGAGACCGUGCCCUUUCGGAGCCCGAGAGGCACUUCCAGGUUCACACUCUGGAGGUUUUCCAGAAGGAGCUGAAUGAGAGUGAACACCUGGUGUUCCAGGCGGUGCACAGCCUGCAGAGGGCGCUGCAGGGAGACUACAGGGAUGUGGUCAACAUGAAGGAGAGCAGCAGACAGAGGCUGGAGGCCCUCAGGGAGGCGGCAAUAAAGGAAGAACAGGAGUAUGUGGAGCUGGUGGCUGCUGAGAAGCACCAACAGGAAGCUGUUAAGAGUGCUUUAGCCCAAAAUAAGACUCUGUCCAUGCUGGAUGAGAUCCUGGAGGACGUCAGGAAGGCAGCAGACCGGCUAGAGGAGGAGAUCGAGGAGCACGCCUUUGACAACAACAAACAGAUGAAAGGAGUAAAUGUAGAGGCAGUGUUGAGGGUGGAGGAUGACGAGGAGAAUGGAGGGAAGAGGAAGAACAAGUCCCACCAAAAGGAAGUGGAGGAUGACCUGGGACUGAGCAUGCUCAUUGACUCGCAGAACAACCAGUAUGUCCUGACCAAACCACGAGACUCCACAAUGCCCAGAGCAGACCAUCACUUCAUCAAGGACUUGGUGUCGGUGGUGAUGUUGUCCCUGCCCUGUGGUUGGAUUUGCACUCUGGUUGGUCUUCCUCCUAUGUUUGGAUAUAUCAUCUGUGGUGUCCUCCUCGGUCCCUCUGGCCUCAACAGCAUCAAGUCUAUGGUCCAGGUGGAGACUCUGGGGGAGUUGGGUGUGUUCUUUACUCUCUUUGUGGUAGGACUGGAGUUCUCACCUGAGCGCCUUCGAAAGGUAUGGAAGACAUCCGUCCAGGGGUCGUGCUACCUGAGUCUGCUGAUGGUGGGGGCUGGUUUGUUGUGGGGACAAGUCCUGCAUAUUCGACCCACCCAAACUGUCUUCAUCUCCACUUGUCUCUCCCUUUCCAGCACUCCACUAGUGUCCCGUUUUCUAGCAGGGGGGAGUAGAGGGGACAAAGAAGGUGAUCUGGAUUACAGCAGCGUUCUCCUCGGGAUGUUAGUAAUGCAAGAUGUUCAGCUCGGUCUCUUCAUCGCCGUCAUGCCGACUCUGAUCCAGGCACAGAGCGGAGACUUGGGCAGCUUCCUGUUUGGAAGUCUCCGCGUGUUAUACCUCCUGGCCCAGGUCCUGGUCUCUCUGGCUGCUGUGCUGCUGCUGUGUUUGUUACUGAAAUCAUUCCUGAUUGGCCCGUAUUACAAGAAACUGCAUGCUGAGAGCAAAGGCAACAAGGAGAUCCUGGUGCUGGGAAUGGCAGCCUUCGUCUUUUUCAUGUUGACGGUGACAGAGUUUUUCGAUGUUUCCAUGGAGCUGGGCUGUUUCCUGGCUGGAGCUUUGCUGUCCACGCAGGGUCACAUGGUUACCGGGGAGGUCAUGGGAUGCAUCGAGCCAAUCAGAGAUUUCCUCGCCAUCAUCUUCUUCGCCUCUAUCGGUCUCCACGUGUUCCCCACAUUCGUGCUCUAUGAACUCACCAUUCUGCUGGUGCUCACGCUCACGCUCGUCAUUAUGAAGUUCAUGAUGGCUGUACUGGUGCUGUCGGCGAUCCUGCCUCCAGGUUCCCGACACAUACGGUGGGUUGUCUCAGCUGGUCUGGCUCAGGUCAGCGAGUUCUCCUUCGUCUUGAGCAGCCGUGCCCGUCGUGCUGGCAUCAUCUCUAGAGAGGUGUACCUGCUGGUUCUCAGUGUCACCACCCUUAGUUUGCUACUGGCACCAGUGCUGUGGAGGGUCAGCACACACAAAUGGGUUCCCAGAGCCGAACGCAAAACAGUCACAUGACCAGACUGACUUCAGGGCCGAAAGGUUCCACGUGAAGCUCUUAGAAAGCCGGCAGCAGCAUCACAAGAACCGGAAGUUAAGUCUUAUAUGACCAUUGAGAAAGAAUCUCAUGUUAAUGCACACGA